AGAGAAUUUAUUGUAACUUCCAUGAAUUUCUGUUAUUAUGAAUCCAUUCUGCUGUAUUUAUUGUUUAUAUUAUUUUCAUGAAUAGUAUUUUUUUUACCAAAUGUAAAUAGAUUGGAAGGUAUACCAUUUUUGUCUUUGUCCUGUGCAUUGACUUGGUUUAUUGAUAUGCACUAUUACUACCGUCAUGUGUGUCUUGCAUCACGGCACCUCCAUGCGCACACCGGCCACAGAGGAUGCACUCUUUCUGUCAGACGUGAAGUUAAAUCUCUUCAUGCCGUUUCUCACGUGCUCUGUGUUUUUACUCUGCUGAGAAAGAAUGAGACACCACCGGGCAUCCCUGGAGACCCUAAACGACCUGCUUUUCUCCUCUGAGUGCUGGACUGACCGCUGUCUGACCACUGGCUAAAGCUUUAUCUGUUGUGCAGGAGUCUGAACAGUUUCAUGCACUGGAUUCUGUGCCUUUCAUAUGGGCGCCGAUCAGCGGCUAUAUUAAGGAUUUGAAUAAGGUCACCGCUGAAUCUUUUCAGCCUCACCAUCUGUGUCCCAGUAGCAAAAGAGCACGGAGGACAGAAUGCCACAUUGAUAAAUGUGUGUUUGCAUGAGUGCAAGUUCGCAUCCCCUGCAUCUAUGGCUGAAAAUCCAGAAGACCCCCUGGCGCUAUUGGAGAUACUUGAGGUGUUGGGUGCCUGCCGUGGGAGCGUGUCCUACGCUGAUAUCUGCGUGUAUCUAAGUGGACGCUUCAGUCUGCAACCCCUUCUAGAGUUACGGAGUCUCCUCUAUUCCACCGCCUGUAGAGAUCCCUGUUUCCCGGCCACCCUGUUCCGAGAGCGCCUGCACCCGCCCUGCAGCAACCGGCUCUCUGCGGCCGCAGAUGUUGUGUCUCUGUUCAACCUCUUAAUGCACACACGCGUGGCCCCUACAUACACGAAUGUUCAGUCUCUGACACCCUGUCAGGUCUGUGGGAAGGGAUUCAUGCGUUAUGACUGGCCGGCCGCCUUGCCCGUCACAAGAGGAGGGACUGUCUCUGCGGACUGUAAAUAUGAGAACCUCCCUUGUGAGGCGUUCAGUCUUAACGCAGAGGCUUCCCGCAUGCAGACCGCCUCUGAAUUGCUUGCUUACCCUCACGCGUACGUCCACAACCAAGGCAGCAUGCAGGAUAUUCAUUCUGCAGAUGCGUCCGGUGAUGCGCUCAAUCAGGAGGCAGGGAAGACGUCGUCGGCCAAUCAGGAAGCCCAUGUUGCUCGUUCCUGCUCUCAGAAGAGGAGUGCAUUUAAAGAGGGCCACAAGUUGGUGCCACUUAUCUCCGUGGAACACGUUGGCCAAUCAGAGCAAAGCCCAAGAGAGGAUGGUGAGGAUGUGCAUUAUAUUACUCAAAAGAACCCCUAUCCAGACCCCGCAACGUAUGCCAACUCGCAAUCGCUGUGUCUGCGUGAUCCGUCAUACACCUAUGCAUCACAAUCCUUUGAUGCGUCAACACAUUCGAACGCAUCGGAUGCACACGACGACGAUGACGACGCUGACACUUCGAACCCGUACAGUCCUGAUCAGAUUCACUGGCAUCAGAAAAAGCAUGAGAGUUUGGAUGAGCUACAAACAUCUACCUACUUCGGGCCUUCGGUCUCCGUCGAAAAGCAGCAGACCCCAGCUCUACACGUCAAGAGCCACAGCUUGGACAUCGAUAGCAGAACUGCAGAUGAAAGAUCUGAACAAGAAUCCUCCGGGUUGCAGAAGCCCAAAUCGGAGCGGUCGGUGUUGGAAAAGUCUGGAUUGAGAAAGCCAGGAGUUUUUCAAUUGAGUUUCGACGGCUCAAGCCUCGACAUUCCCGGCUUUGACCCUCGCAUCAUCAGCUCGGUUCGGGACACUUUCAAGCGCUUGAGCGGCAUGAGUUUGGAUGCCUGGUACGACUGGUCACCGACCGCAGAGGGCGUGGCUAACGUGGGCACCCAAACGGAACCUACGGACCGGCGUGCUUUGCGAAGCCUCAUGCUUAGCGAACGGCUCUCCAUUGACAACCCCGACAUCGGUGAGGACGACAUCAGCGCUAUCUUCCGGUUCCUGGAUGAUAUCAGCAUGUGUGGCUCCAUGGCGGUCCUGCCAGGGGAAGGGGGUGGAGGUGCCCAAGACGGGGGCGGAGCCGGGCUGCCGGAGAGGCGUGAACGUUUGGGAAAAUUGCGGCGGUUGUUUCACUCUAUGGAAGCACCUGAGGAGGGCGUGCGAUGGGGCGUGGGUCGCCUGCUCCAACGGGUUGCAGAGCUGGAGCAACAGCUGGAGCCCAUCGCAGAGCUACGGGAACAACUUAGUCUUGUGCUCUCCACGCUGGACCGACUUGAACAGCGCGAGCAGACCGUGUGCCCACACCCUCAUCAAAUACAGUACUUGCACCCCACACCGCAGACCAGUAUACAGUCACAGGGAUCUCCGAGGGUCAGCCUGGGGACGGAGGGGUCCAAUGAGGCUGCGGCCAAGCGUAGACGUCUUUUUGUUCGCAGGGCGUCCAAAGCCCACACGGAAAGCAGCUCUUGCUCUGAAGCUCACAGAGAGUGGAGCAUCAGCUUCACAAAAGAGCCGCACAUACAGCCUUCCAAGUCAGAUCAGUUGAGUGUCGUCUAUAAAAAGGAAGCCCCUGAAUACCUCAUGCCACCUGAAGCGCACAGCACCUCGCGGCGUACAUCUCUCCAGAGCACCGCCCAGAGUUCCACUGACCGCCCCAAAGUCACCUGGAACCAAUCAGACUUAACACCUUUGGACCUUCAGGCCCCAGAGUCAUUGGAGUUCUGGACAGAUGAGAUUUACACUCCGGCCUCGGACACGCUCCUGCGGCGUUCACAUUCUUACACCCGCUGCAACAGAAACCAGGCGUACCGCAUCGCCGCCCUCAGCAUCACUGCCACUAUCAUCCUCAUUCUCAUCAUCGUCAUUCCAGUCAACACUGUGUAAUGUAAUUACAGUCACAUGAUAUAAACACACUGCACAGCUUCAUUUUUUAAAGGCCAAAACAUAAUCAGCGCAUGCAAACCCUUCUAGCUACGCAAGGUUGACUGUUAAGCUCAAUGCAACACAAGAAUGUACAUGUUUAAACCAUGCGCGAGUCAGAACUUUCGUGUGUGUCUGCAUACUUGCGUUAAGUGUGUUUUUAACCUAAUACAUGAAAAUGGCACGUAAAAUGUUAAGAAUGUCAAGCAUGAUUUGUAAAUCUCACAAGCAUGGCGGAUCGGCCCCACAUGCUAAAUAACAUUUUGCUUUUCAAAACAAAUUUACCAAAAUUUCCAUGGGCUUUUCCCUGUUUCCAUGGUGUUUCCCUACAUAUAUGUUUAGUAAGAAUGUUGAUGUUUUGAAUUAAAGCAGAUUCUAAUUUACGAUUCAAAGGCUGAUUUGGCUGUUUGUGUUUGUUCCAGUAGCCUACGCUCUCUUUGUUGGGGAGUUCCCAUUACGCUAAUGUAAUAUUUUUGAAACCUGAUAUGGAUCACGACUCGCUCACACAAAGGCAUUUCUCUCGUUUACCCUUUACUCUCACUCCAUUUAAAUGCUAGGAAAAUCCAUCGACCUUGGCAAAUUUACAUGCACCCGCCUCUUUAAUAAUGCUCGGUGUACCUCUUGGCUAUGAAGAAAAUGCUGAGGUACGGUCGGGAAACACUAUCUUUUUUGCUUUUCCUCCCCUACAUUCUUUAUAAAUGACCUGCAUUGGUGGUAGACCCACAUCUACCGCGGCUGUAAUAAUGUGACAGCGUAAUAUUCGUACUGGUUUUCCUCACAAAAGCUUAAAAGAAAAGUAGCCUAAAUGACCCUCCAGAGAGGCAGAAUGGAUGUACAGUAUAGUGGUGGAUCGAUACGGCACACAUUUUCAAUUUGCUGAACAACAGCACUAAACUUUUAAUGGGCUGUGAUGGGACGGAGAGAGUGAGUGAGCAUGGAAUGGAGAGAAAGAAAAGGUUUGUCCUGUUUAUUGAGCCUAAAAGAUUCUGAGGCCUAGUUCUGUCUGCUGCAGAUGAUUUAUGAGCAUGGCGUCUGAUUGGAUACCACCUAGCAACCAUCCACAAAACAUCUUUGGAACUGCAUAGCAACGCCCUUAGCAAUGUGCUAACACCCAAAAUUUUUUUACCAAUUGCACGCAAGCCCCAGUGACAUUUUCUUUAUAGAAAACUUAAUAGAAAACGGUUGUAAACACAAUAUCUUACUGUAUAUUGUCCCUGUCUUUCUAUACAACGCAGUAUUCUACUCCUGUAUUUUUGGGCUUUCUUGAGUCUCUUCUUGUCUCAGGGUUUGUUCUUGACUAAUCUGAUAAGCAAAUACUGAAAAACUGAUUGUUGAACACUUUCCAUAUCAAAUACUGCAAUGUAUAGACAAUUUUCUAAGAUGUGCUAUUAUCAUUACUUAAUUUGUAUUGUAAGACUAACUAUAAAAAUGAACCUGUUGUGUAAAAAUGAAACGAUUGUUAUUGAAACAAGUGUCCUGAGCACUUCUCCCAUCUGCCAUUGGCCAGAUAAAAGUCCUGCCCCAAACUCACGCUAUUGGUUGAGAUGAUGUUGCUAUUGUAUAAAAGACUGGUUGGAAAACAUCAAUGCAACGACACGUUUCCUGAAAACGGUGUGCAACGGGGUUUGAGAUACGUUUUCUCUUGUUUGGUGGGUGUGUCAAGAAUGUCAGCCCAAUCAGCAGCAACAUGUAUAUAACUCACGCGGUAUUAAAGAGACAGCUUGCACAAUGGGUCCAAGUAAAGUCGUUUACAGAUGUGUGGGGUACGCAACAAUUAUAGUUAUUAGACUAUGUAUUUUGCAGUAUUAAAUACCGAUUUUAUCAGUCUCCAAAAGUUCUUCAAGAAGAACACGAAGAAUAGCCUUCUCAGCUGCCAUAGUUGCAACUCUUGCAUCAUCAGAACAGGGUGUUCAACGCACCACCAUUUCUGUUCUAAAAACGUUUCGUCAGGGCUGAACACAGCCCUAAUCUCAUGGAAAUUCAUAUUUUUUUAAGAGGUAUUAAUUUCGUACAUUGUGAAAUGUACAAAAACGGAUGAUUACUAGAAAAAAACGCAAUACUGUAGCCCCACCCCUAACGUCGCUGGCACGAAAGCAAAUUGUUCUAAAAUGUUUGAAUGAUAUCAUACGAAUUCAUACAAAUUAGCCAAAACUCUAGCCACAUUAUAAAAUAGUAACAUUUUUGCCAUGAGAUUGUGUUGGGAAAACAGAUUUUUUUGGUAGUCAUAUGCUGCGUCCCAUUUUGCCUACUUGUACUAUGGACUAUGUACUGUUUUUGUAAUGGAAUGUGAUGUUUACUGUAUACUUACAUUUGUUAAUUUAGUGACGCAUCAGUUAUAUAAUUUAUAGAUGCACUAAACUCCGCCUACUCGCGGUGAGUUGUGGGUAAUAUUAGCCGUUAGAAUGUGCAUCGUUUUGCACUUCGAAUUUCUACCGGAAGUAGUAGACCAUCCGGGAAUCUUUGGAAUACUGUUUUUAACAUACUACGAUUUGGGACAUACUGAUUCUGCUGUCGAAUACUAUUUAGGACGGAUAUGCGGAUUGGUACGCAGCAAUAGUGUUUAAACUAAUUGAGGUAUUUAACCUAUGAAUGACUUUUAUUUCAGUUAAAUGGGGAUAAAACUUUUUUCCGACAAAGUGAUACGCUUCAGCUAGGCAAUGUUAGAAAACAUGUCCUUUAACGUGAUUUUUCAUAUUUGCUUUUGAGUUCCUAUGGCCACAUCAGAAUUGCAUUUGCUGUAAUUUUACACAGUUUUAUAUCAAUUGUUUCUUGGUUGUAUACAUACUGUAUAGGGAUUCCUCUUUUUUUCCUUUGACACCUUUCAAAAAUGAAUGAAUUAACAAAUGUC